CAACGACGAGACGACGUCAUGUCUACCCACCGCCCUGGGAAGCACAAGUGGGGCACAGAACCCUAUGAUGGCAACUCUGCUCGAGUUCCACUCAGUGCUCGGCUCCUCGGCCAGGGCCCAACUAGGCGCUCAAAUUGUUGGUUUCACACUGCUGCUGGGCUGCGCACGUGCUGUGGGUCAUCUUACCUGGGGGGUGUUGUUCGUGCCCCGGCGCCGCUCCGUUAGCGAGCCUCCGCCCGCCGGAAUUCCAAGACGCGCGGGCCCACUUUCUCGGACUCUCUCCUCGCACUUUCCCACAAUCCCAACUUCCAGUCGGGGGAAAAAACAGAUUCGGUGCCAACUUGCGCAGCCAGCAGCGUGUGCUAGUGGCCGUGCUUUGAAAUUUCGACCAUCCGCCGCAAUCCUUUUCCAGGUAACUAGGUAACCGAUUAGCUAAUUAAUCUGGCCACACACUCAAAACCCGCCAACAUGAUACACCGGACGGUGGCACGCCCCUUUGUCGGCGACCCACGGACUCCCACCAAUCAUGCCCAACACGUUAACUCCCCAACCUCUCCCUAGCACAGCCAGCUCACGAUCUUGACCCAUGACACCGAAGUAUCGUUAUG